GGUACAUCCGUAUCAUAGUGCUUCAGUAUGUCGCGUCGUCGCUUGCUGUUGGGCAUUCUCGGAGCGGGCGGCGUGGCGACCGGGGCGACGCUAGUAUGGGCGCAGCCGACAUACAACUCUAUGCCAAGUCAUCACGACCCGAUCACUCCCGAACAAUGUCGCCUCAUUCGAACGGUGCCGGACGGUCGGCCGGUGGAGCCAUCGCGCAAUCCCGGAGCACGCGUCUUUUCGGACUUCCAUAACGACCUUGAACCUCUCCUGAAAGAGCUGCAACCAAUCAAGAAAAACUUUGGUAUCAGCCUAAUCCAACCCAUCCAUGCCGCGAUUUACAGAUGGCAGAUGAGCUAUCUGAAGCGCCCGCCGCCGGUUAACAUGCUCCGUGUGACAGGCCGGCCCGAACACGAGCAGCAGCGCCGGCCCUGGGGAUACGGAGACACGCUGGAUGAGGCCGCCCUGCCGCCGGCUAUCAAGGCUACCGCCGACCGCAUCCGUGCCAUCCCCGGACUGCGACUGGGUCGGCUACGCGACGUAACCAUCAACUGGCGUCACUCCUCCUUCCUGCGCUUGGACCCACAUCUGGACCCCGCUGGGGACGGAGAGAACAUCUUCAUCCUCUCUGUUGACGGUCCUGCCGUACUGACCCUCUGCCCGCACAACUGGUUCAAACUGACGCGUUGGCUGUCGAUGCUGACGUUUGCGGACGAGCGGGAGCAAGUCAAGCGCGAGUCGGAGCGGUCCUGGACGUCGCAGGACAUUGAUGUGUUGCUGCCGGCCGGGUCGUUGUUGCACAUCAGCGGCGAUGCGCGCUGGAAAUGGACCCAUGGGACGCGACUGGGUGUGGAGGCGCCGGACGGCAGCCUGUUGCAGUGGUUUGGGCGGCCGGAGGAGAGAUUUGGGCCGACGGGCGAGAGGCAUAGUGUGGUAUUUGCGUUCGCUGCGCCAGAUGAGUGAUGAUGGAAUUGGAGCGGAGGAAACACGCGUGGCUAUAACGUUUUGAGCGGCACAAAUGAAUGAAGGAGUUUACGAGCGGUAAGGAUGGUUAUGAAAACGGGCAAUGAGCAAACGGGAAGCGUUGCGGGAAGCCGGCCCAUGACAAACGAGUUGCAUACAGUUAUUAGCAUGGUUGUUGUUGUUAAUGUGCAUGGUGUGCAGCUUAUAAAUUCUUUGGGUUGAAGGGUGAAAAAGGAUAGGUGUUGAGAAGGACGGACCCAUGGGCGUUAAUGGUCUUUUGCUUUUGCUUUUGCGAUUGAAUGCGAGCCGCUGAGUGCUAUUAAUUCUUCCACCAGUGCUCACAUAAUGAGAGUAUAUUGGAAAGGAGCAAGAUGGGACUUGUGUACGUCGUGCAACUUGCCCCUGAAUGACGUAGUCUUGACGAGCUGCAUCGUGAUGGUUUAGAUUAGGUGACGUCUUUGGUCAUCUUUAUUUUUUACCGUUUAACCAGCAUAGUUCAAGCCCUGUUUUGUGAAACCCUAGCUUUACCAACGGCUGUUGUUGUUUUGGAACAUCAACUCGGCCUGUCGUCCUAAACUCUGCCUAUACGCGGGAACCUGCUUUGAUUUCUUCUCGCUGUCUAGACUCAACCCCUUUUAAUUGAUGGUUCGGGACACUUCCUGGUUAUGUCAUCCUCCGGGACGCCGUCGGACGCGAGCUGUCGCGAGCCCUUGUUGCUGCCAACGCCCCCUCCGCCCCUGUCUCCUGCUGCUACCGCUGCUGCUGCUGCUACCGAUGUUGAGCCCGAUAGCGUGGCAGCGGUGGAGCUGCUGUCGUGCCCCAUCUGCUGCGAUCUGCUCCUAGCUCCCGUGGUGACACCCUGCGGGCACGCAUACUGCGGGGAGUGCUUUGAGGCCUGGCGCCAGCACGCCGCUGACAGCUGGCACACGCUGGCCUCCCUGGCCGGCCGCCUGCACUGCCCCGUCUGCCGCGCCCAGCUGCCGCGCACCUACAACCUGCACCCGGGCACCUCCCGGCCACCCCCCCUGGCGCCCUGCACCGCCCUGGCGGACUGCGUGGCGCUGCUGUGCCCCUCGCGGCUGAGGGAGCGGCUGCAGCGCCAACAGCAGCAACGGCAGCAGCAGCAGCAGCUAGCACUGCAUGGGCAGCAGCAGCGACAGCAGAGCGAGAAUGACCGACAAGGGCGGCAGUCGGGAGGCAGGCAGGACAGCGGCGGCGAUGGAGGGGGAUUACCGCCGCGGCCGCGGCGGCGGGGGCACCGGUUGCUUUGCUGGUUAGGGG